AUGAGCUCCAGCUUCUCUCCUUCAUUCACUGAGCAGCGUUCUUCGUACCUGAGCUUUGGCGUGUCUCCCCCUGCUGGACUGUGUGAGGAUCGUCAGCACUCGGACUCUCUGUCCAGCUCAGUCCCCUUCCUCCUCUACCCCUCUGGCAUGGACCCUGCCGGCCUCGGCCUCUAUAAAGGUCCUCUGAGGGGCCCUGGGAUCCUGCCCUAUCUGACCCCCUUCCACCACCACGGACACUUCAGUGUCUACGAGUGUCCCUUUGAGCCGGCGUUCAUCCAGAAACGAAACGAGCGGGAGCGUCAGAGGGUGAAGUGCGUAAACCAGGGUUACGCCAAGCUGAGGGACCACCUGCCAGGCCAGAGCGCCGACAAGCGCCUCAGCAAGGUGGAGACGCUGCGGGCCGCCAUCAGGUACAUCAAAUACCUGCAGGGCCUGGUGCAGCUAGAGGAUGGUAGGCCCAGCGGGGGGGAGUCACCCGGAACAGACUGCAGAGAGACGGAGGCGGUCACCUGUUAAACAGCCACGUGAGGUCACGCCCAAACGCUCCGCC